AUGCCAGAUGAAAAGAGUGUGAAGCAUAUGAGCAAGGAGACUCUGAAAUCUUUGUGCGAGUUGGCAUCAACUGAGUCAGACAGAAGACUCAUACAAUCUGCUGCAACUUGGGGGUUAUCUGGCAAGCAAGCCAACAAAAAGUAUGGUAUAGACAAUAACACUCUCAAAAUUAACCAAGUUAAAGAGGCAAUUGUGAAUGCACAAGAGACUCACGAUGAGAUCAUUAAGCUUGUGCAACUUCAAGAAACAGCUCUUUUACGAUCCAUGGGUAUUGAAGACAGUGUGUCAGACACUGAAAGUUUUGAAGACGAGAGUGACUUAGAAAGUGUAAUUGAAAGCGAUUCUGAUGAAAACGAUAGUCACAGUAAAAGUAGUGUUUCCACAGUACAUGGUGAAAGCAAAGCUGCAGAUGAGGGACAAUCAUCCAACCAUUCUACUGGCAGCACAAGAUUUAAUCCAGAUGACCUGUCCAAAGAUGUUGCUGGUGUUGUGAAUCCAGCACCACCAAAUGAGACACUACUGUCGUGGCUUAGAGACAACUGUUUAAACUGGUUUUCCUUUUUUGAUGAUGUUGCACAAUAUUUAAAGUUCUAUAGCUCAGAAGUUCUUCAUCAAGUGUUACUAGAUUUCACUUAUUAUUUGUCAACAAGCGACUGUGAUCUAAGUGAGGAAGAGGAGAGAGCUGUCGAAGUCUCACGGCAGGCGUUUCUCGAAUUCUAGUUGCAUGAGCCAAUAUUGAUCGAAGGAAAUGAAGUGGUAUCUGACACCGAAAUUGAAGAAUCUGCCACACCCAUGCUCACAGAGAUUCCUUCACUUGCUUCUAAGGAAGGAUUAGAUUGCAUCCAAAAAGCAAGAGCAGCUAUCAAAAGGAAAGGAAAAAGAGAUGCUGCUAAAUUGAAAGCAGCCAACAGCGUGUUGAAAAGAAAAGUAACAAAAAAAGUUAGCCUGGCAGUGACAUCGAGGAAUUUGUCAAAUCGAAAAAGGUGGGCGCUGAUGCUUGGAGAAGAACAGGCGUUUUAACAUUUGAUGGAAAUCGUACCAGGGGCAAGCAAGUUACGUACAAAGCUAUCCAGGACCAUCUCCAAGAAAAAUACUGGUGUAAAAUUGGUUAUGGAACUGUGGUCCAGCUUUGUGUCGUACGAAGUAAGCGCCGCAUCUCUGCCAAAAGGUACAAGGGCGUGGCUAAAGUUACAUGCAGGAAAUCAAGAAAGGGGUUUUCCGUAAAGCUUCAUCCAGAUGCUCACUGGAGUAGUGCAUUGUAUAAAGGACUUGAUUCUAUACAGCUGAAAGACGGGAGGAACAAACUCUUACUCAAUCGUGAUGAUCAGGCGGGGUUUAGACUGGACACAACAUUUACUCACAGACAGGGUAAAUGUUUAACACUUGAAAAUGCGCCAUCGUUAACAACCAGAACAGACUUCAUGAAUCCAUAUUCAUCCUCGCUUCAAACAACCUCCUACCUUUACAUGAAGUCCGACACAACAGAGAAGGCUUGUGCUGGAGUGGUCAAGCCGCAUUUCAACUUUCCAAAGAACGCCACACAGCACAUAAUUGACCUCGAAAUGCUUGAAAGCAGAAUGCCCAAUUACUUUGAUGACAAGCCCAUAGAGUGCAUACGGGUUGAUGGGGCAACUGACGAAGGACCAGGUCACCUGGAGGUACAGUUUCUGUGGACUGAAAGGCACUUGCUCAAGCAGAAAGUGUGUACAGUUGUUUCUUCAAGGCAUAGUGGGGGAUCAUACCUUAAUGAAGUAGAGUUGAUGAACGGUUGUAUAGCCAAGGCUCACGGAAACCUCUUUAUUCCUUCAACCUUAGCUGGAAGUAAUUUCGACAGCAAUGGCCUAAGUGCGAAGAAAUUAAACAAGAAUAUGGAUAUUGCAACUGACGUAUACAUUGAUCGGGUUGAUGGAGCACCGUGCUUUGGAACCACAUUAAAACUGCAUAGUGGGGGCAAAAAUGAAACCAUGUCUGAAAGACGAGAAACCCUUUUGGUGUUCCUUAAAGGUAGUGCAAAGGACAAGAAACAGUUGAAGAAGAACAGGCCAGACCUUUAUGAGUACUUUGAGCGUGUCUGGAUGGUUAGAGAGAAUCACAUGAAGAAUGAUCUGCCAGGGAACUAUUUGUUUAUGUUGAAUCUGUGUUACCAAAUCGGAUGCCCCCACCCAUUGUGUCAUAACGAGACCGUCCGAAAAGAUGAGAAAUGGUUUGAAGAUGGACCACCACUGACAUAUUUGCCGAUACCUAUUCCUGAUCCCAAACGUCCUUGGGGAGGCAACUGCAAAGAAUGUACACAGUUGUGUUCUGGCCACUACCUAAAGCCCAAAGAACAUGCAGAGUUUGUCAGAGAACAUGGUCUAAUGCUGUCAAAGCCUCCUAGUAUUGUAAUAAAAGAGGAGUUUUACGAUUUCCUGAAAAGGGGAAGAACUUUGUCAGAGGAGAAGAUCUUGGACGUCGCUAAGAAGACUCUUCUGCCAUUAGAAGAACUUAAAAUGCAUGUGGAUCAUCUUCGACUAACAGCAGAAAGAAGGAAGGAGGGUGCGAGAAAGGCAGCAACCACCUGA